AUGUCUCAACCAAUUUCUCUGCGUGGAUCUACUAGAACGAUCACUGAAUUUUUUGAAUACAGCAUCAAUUCGAUCCUCUAUCAACGUGGAGUCUAUCCUCCCGAAGACUUUAAUACCGUAAAGAAAUAUGGGUUGACAUUACUUAAAACCCAUGAUGAUGAAUUGAAACAAUAUAUCCGUAGAAUUCUUUUGCAGGUACACAAAUGGUUAUUGGGAGGCAAGUGUAAUAAGUUAGUCCUAUGCAUUGUAGAUAAAGAUGAAGGUGAUGUUGUGGAAAGAUGGAGUUUUGAUGUCACUCACCUCUCACCUUCUGAAAAGGAGGGUGAUAUCGAUGAGGAAGUGACUCAGAAUCAAAUACGUGGACUAAUAAGACAAAUAACGGCUAGUGUUACAUUUCUUCCGGAACUCACAAAAGAGGGUUCCUAUACUUUCAAUGUCCUUGCAUAUACGGAUGCAUACGCAAAAGUGCCUUUAGAAUGGGCAGAUUCUGCUAGUAAAGAGAUAGAGGGCGGUGAAGUGGUUCAACUGAAAUCAUUUUCAACUAACGACCGCAGGGUUACUGCCCAAGUUAGUUACAAAUUUUGA